AUGGCAACACUCUCAGGUCUUACAAUGCAAGAACUAGAGACACUCUCGUCUAAGGCCAUCGCUGCAAAGGCCAAUGCUUAUUGUCCUUAUUCCAAAUUCCGCGUUGGUGCUUGUGUUCUCACUAAGACAGGCGAGUAUAUUGCUGGUGCCAAUGUCGAGAAUGUCGCAUAUCCUGUUGGGACCUGUGCGGAAAGGGUAGCUUUUGGUACCGCGGUCGCCGCCGGACACCAAGACUUCAAGGCCGUUGCAGUCGCUACUGAUAUCACACCUGGCGCAUCGCCAUGUGGUAUGUGCAGGCAAUUCAUGCGCGAAUUUACACCCCCAUCGUUUCCUGUUUUCAUGUAUGACGGGCAGGGAAACUAUGCUGUGAGGACAAUGGGAGAGGUAAGCAGUCCUUUCAUUGCCGACUCUUUAUUCCACAUUGCUGCUUGUUUGCGUACAGUUGGGAACUGCUCCGAUUGA